GUCAUUUAACCGCGCCUAUGUUUUCCGGCGCCGGCCCUGGGUCCCGGCAGCGGUGGUGACGGCGGGGCCGGAGGUUGUCCUUGGCAGAUUUUCCUCGGCUCUUCUACAUGGAGGAGGCGGUGCGCACGGCUUCAGCCCCGAAUGCUCGCACCUCCCACUGGACGGCGACGAAGGCGGUGGCCGUGCGGGCACAGGACUGGGCGGCCUGUGUGGGGGUGUGAGCCGCGGUGCCCCGGGCAGCGCCGCCGAGGGGAAGCCGCGCGGCCGGCCUGCCGACUAGGGCUGGAGCUACUCGGCCAGGGUUUGAGACUUUAAAUGAGAAUAAAGGGUGGUAUUUACGAGGAAAUGAGAGUGAAUAAGUCAUCUCUAACCUCUCCGAGCCUUUUUUUCAUAAGAGAGACCAUAUUAAACUUACAUGCUCUCCCGGCUGUGAUCGACCUUCAGUUACAGAGCGAGGGAGCAGAGUGGGACCAGGUCUGAGAAGCAACUCAUUCAUUUCAGGACAUUCCCUCUGAUGUCCUGUUUUCAAACGUUCAUUUGUCAGCUGAGUUGAUGAGUCGGCCAUUUGGGAAUAGCCGUUGCAGUCUUCCUGUCUGUCCUGGAGGACUGAGGCCUCCAGAUAGCACACGGUCCUCAUGUACCGUCCUGCAUGCCCCAGCAGACACCUCUCUGCAGGAAUUGUGAUCCUCUGAUAACAGAUAAUGUGAGAUCUGCCUUCUGUCAACACAUCCCCAAGUAGGCUACAUAAAUAAAUUAGCAUAUGCUUAUAUCCACAUGUUGCUAAGAAGAAAAUGUAUGGGUUUGCAGACUGCUUCAUUCUGCCUCUAGUACCAGCGGCGUCUCUGUUCUGUGAUCAGUGUGAUGCACAGGAACUCCUUAAGUAACAAACGAAAUGAGCCAGGGGCGCGGAAAAUAUGACUUCUGCAUUGGUCUGGGAUUGGCGAUGAGCUCCAGCAUUUUCAUUGGAGGAAGUUUCAUUUUGAAAAAAAAAGGCCUUCUUCGACUGGCCAGGAAAGGCUCUAUGAGAGCAGGUCAAGGUGGCCAUGCAUAUCUUAAGGAAUGGUUGUGGUGGGCUGGACUGCUGUCAAUGGGAGCUGGUGAGGUGGCCAACUUUGCUGCGUAUGCGUUUGCACCAGCCACGCUAGUGACUCCACUAGGAGCUCUCAGUGUACUAGUAAGUGCCAUUCUUUCUUCAUACUUUCUAAAUGAAAGACUUAAUCUUCAUGGGAAAAUUGGGUGUUUGCUAAGUAUUCUAGGAUCUACAGUUAUGGUCAUUCAUGCUCCAAAGGAAGAGGAGAUUGAGACUUUAAAUGAAAUGUCUCACAAGCUGGGUGAUCCAGGUUUUGUGGUCUUUGCAACCCUUGUGGUCAUUGUGGCCUUGAUACUAAUCUUCGUGGUGGGUCCUCGCCAUGGACAGACAAACAUUCUCGUGUACAUAACAAUCUGCUCUGUGAUUGGCGCCUUUUCAGUCUCCUGUGUGAAGGGCCUGGGCAUUGCUCUCAAGGAGCUGUUUGCUGGAAAGCCUGUGCUGCGACAUCCCCUGGCUUGGGUUCUGCUGCUGAGCCUCAUCGUCUGCGUGAGCACACAGAUUAAUUACCUAAAUAGGGCCCUGGAUAUAUUCAACACCUCCAUUGUGACUCCAAUAUAUUAUGUAUUCUUUACAACAUCAGUUUUAACUUGUUCAGCUAUUCUCUUUAAGGAGUGGCAAGAUAUGCCUGUUGACGAUGUCAUUGGUACUUUGAGCGGCUUCUUUACAAUCAUUGUGGGGAUAUUCUUGUUGCAUGCCUUUAAAGACGUCAGCUUUAGUCUAGCAAGUCUGCCUGUAUCUUUUCGAAAAGACGAGAAAGCAAUGAAUGGCAAUCUCUCUAAUAUGUAUGAAGUUCUUAACAAUAAUGAAGAAAGCUUAACCUGUGGAAUCGAACAACACACUGGUGAAAAUGUCUCCCGAAGAAAUGGAAAUCUGACAGCUUUUUAAGAAAGGUGUCAUUAAAGGUUAAUCUGUGAUUGUUAUGAAGUGAAUUUGAGUAUCAGAAUGUGUCUAAAAAACCAUUGUCCUCAAAAAUGUUCUUUAAAGGCAAUCUUUUUAAAGAUUUGACUAAUUAGGACCAAGAAAUUACUUCUCUUAUAUUUAAACAAUGGUAGCUCACUAAAAUGACCUCAGCACAUGACGAUUUCUAUUAAUAUUGUACUGUUGUAGAAUUAUUUUACAUUUUCAUUCCUUCUCCAAAAUCUGAAUGUACUAAUGACAGUUUUAAGUCUAUAAAAACGCUUUAUUUUUUCAUUCGUGAUGAAAGUCUGAAAUGUGCAUUUGUCAUCCCCACUCCAUCAAUCCCUGAACAUAUAAGGCUUUUUUAUUUUAAAAAAGAAUAAUUACCCCAAUACAUUAUCCUGUGAUUUACCUUACCUAUAAAAGUGGCUCCUGUUUGAUGAUUGGUUUUAUUUUUUCAACUAAGGGAAAACUAAGUUACUGAAUGAAGGAAACUUACAAAAUAAAAAAAAGGGCGGAAAUCACCCCAAGGAAGGAUUCUCAGGUUGAGAUGAUCACCGUGAAUCCGGCUUCCUGUGUGCAUUCGACGGCCUUCUUAGCACCUCAUCAAGCCAGCGCAUCCUGCCUGCUGCUGCAGCCUGGCCGGGUUUGUUCUUCAGUUAUCCUAAUCCCAUGAUGCCUGGAACCUUGAUUACCGUUUUACAUCAGUUCUUGUACUUUUCAGUAUAUUUUCAUAAUGAGUUAUAUUGUCAUUUGGACUUUGAACAGCUCUGGGAAAUAGAAGACUAGGGUUAUUUCUUAAAUUUAGCUCAUGUUAUAAUAAAAAGUUGAAAUGAA